AUGAAUCAUCUUUGUGUUCUUUUUGUGUUUUUCUUGACUAUUCCAAUCUCACAAGGUGUUCUGAAAUGCUAUACAGGAUAUUCAAUUAUGAAAGGUAGCACAAUAGGAACGGAAACGAAAGAAUGCGGAAAGGAAACUGACUUUUGUUAUAACGGAACUGCUGAUAUUUCGUCAUUCAGCAAGUUUCAGAAAGCGGGUUGCAAUACCGUAAUCUGUCAGGUAAUUCCUAUCAGUUUAACUUUCAAAAAAAAACGUAGGUUUCAGUUUCAUGCUAAUAAAUGUUUCGAUCAAAACGUUUCCGGACAACAGCUGACUUUUUGUUGCUGUAACACAGGAGAUCUAUGCAAUGGGGGAGCUGUUACGAAGAUAUAUUAUUCUCAAGAAGAUAUGUUAUUCUGGUACAAGGAAAUCUUAGUUGUGAAGAAGAAACGCAAGUGGUUGUCACCAAAGGUUGACUCGUAUCUGCCGGAAAGAAAAGAUAAAAGUUUUUAUUAUUCAAUUGGUGCAUUGAAUAAAUUUGUCUCAUCCUCUGAGCAUAUCACCAGUAUUACAACAACAGAACUGGAGUUGAGUCCCACCGACCGAUUGAGUCACGCACUUGUUUCGAGCGAUCUUAAUGUAUGUUGA